AAAAAAUUAUUUUAAAAUAAUAAUUUAUUUUAAUUAAAAAUAUUUAUUCUGAUUAAAUUUUAUAUCUAAAUACUAUCAGAUAUAUACAUUUAAAAAUAUUCAAAUACGUAUCUGCACAAAAUAAAUAUAUAAAAAUCAUGCAUUCAUUCUAAGAAUUGCUAAUUAAAAAAAGAAAAUUUAUUUACUAUGCAUAUAGAUUAAUAUUUUAUGUCAUUCAGAUAAAAAGAUAGGUAAAUAUAUAAUAAAUAUUUACAAUAGUAUAGUAGCGGUUAGUAUGUAUUGACAAAUUCUAUCAAAUAAAUAAAAGUAUUUUUUUAUAUUUUGACUAUUAAAAAAAUAAAAACAUUUUUUUAAAAUAAAAACAUAUUUUCUUAGAAACCAACUUUGUCGUAUAUGCUGUAGAAUCUACCAGCCAUCCAAUUUUUUUCUGACUGCUAUAAUUAUAUAUAGUGUAUUUUAUAAAAUGAAGGGUAUAAUUUACUUUCUUGAUAAAUUUAAAAUGUGAAUUUAAGAAGAAAAAAUGCUAAAUUUCAAUCCUUAAGAAAAUCUUAAAUGAUUUAUUUGCUUUAGAAUGGAUGAUGAUAUCACCUAGUUGAUGUGAUACCUUAAAUAUUUUAGCUCUGUAAAGUAAGAUAUUUAAAUAUAUCUAACAUAUAUGCAUGUACAAUAUCCCAAAUAAUAACUCCACUAAAAAUUCAUGAAUGUAAAAAUUAUAAAUACUAGAACUAAUGUCAUAGUAAGCACAAGCUAAAACAUAAAUUGUAUAGACAUUAAAUAAUGAGUGGAAGUAAAAAACCAGUGUUCCUAUCCAUUUUAUUGAUAAUGGUAAUGAUUCUCUCAAUUUCUCAAAAUAUAAAUAGUGUUAGUGAUUCUGCAUUUGCUCCAACAGGAGAGAAAAGAAUGUUCCCAAAGCCAUUAACUUGUGUGGCAGAUGCAAGAAAAAUUCCGAACUGUGUCGAAUCAGUGAAGAAUUUCCAUUUCAAAAAUGUUACAAAAGAAUGUUGCAUAGUUUUACUCGGUAUUCCUGAAGAUUGUAUUGGCAUUUUGUUUCCUAGGCGUUUUGUUUAUCGUAUUAUGCUUAAAACUACAUGUAAGUUAUUAGGUAUCACACUACAAGAAAACAGCGGCAUACUGAGGGAAAAAAUCGUCGGUAUGUCGUCGGAAUAACGCUAUUCCGACGACUUACCGACGAAAAAAGU